UUUCCUCCUUUAGGACCCCUGGACUUGACUUGACUUGACUUAGAUACAGCUAUGCAUCCUAGGCAUCCUAGGCAUCCUAUGCAUCGUCAACUGAGAUCACAUUGGUCACGUUCCUCAAGCUUUAUGCCCGUGCUGUAAGUAACCUAAUGUAAGAAUACCUACCAGAUGAACUGGGUCUGUCAUCCUUGGUUUAUUUUAUUUUAUUUUAUUUCUUUCUCGCAGUCAACGAAGAGAGGCAGCACGUCUUUUUCUUCCACGAGAACGUUACCAAAAUCCCUUCGUACUACGGUUAGGAGACUUUCUCUUUUCGACGUGGAUUGCUCUAGCGUGUCUCAAUUUCGAUCGGAUUCUGCGAGCACGAGGGCUUUAAUGGCCGCCUUUCCCCCGAUUACCCAACCAGAGCUCAUCCACUUGUCCGAAAAUCUACCCCACGACCUAGACGACCUAGACGACCUAGACUCACCCCUUGAGCUCAAUAUACACUCUACGACUCGCGCCAGGCUGACCCCGUGGGGAUGGUUGCUUGUCAGUCGUCAUUGCGACAGACUAGGAAGAGAAAACAGUUUUACAAUAUUUCUUACUAUCGAGUUGUCUGAUUAAUGCGAAUCUACUUUGCAAUAUCUUCCUAAAGUCGCAUAUACAACCCGUAGGGCCCGUUAUCCUGGUUGGAGGUAUGUGAGAUUCUGUUUCAUCUCUACCUAACCUAUAGUUAGGUACCUUUACCCAGAACUCUCGGCACUUUACCCUAA